AACAAAAUGGUUGACGGGCGAUCGUGAAUGCGGAAGUGCUUGCCAAAAGUGAUCAAAUUUGAUAGAACUGCAUCGACCAACUUGACAAAAUGGUGCUACAGAACAGUGGUAGAUACAAGAGUGAUCGAAAUGAUCCGUCAGGAAAGGGAGGUACAUCGAAGUAUAAGUAAAUCAGAAGAUUCUUCUGAGGCUCGUUUACAGCGUUCAUUGGCGAAUGAUGAGAUGGACAGUCGGUUUGGAUUUGAUAGAUAUAAAGAACCAAUAGAGAAAUUAGGAUGGCUGAUAAAUAUGCAUCCAGUCUCUCUACCCUAUAAGCCAUAUUUCUAUGUUGCAACUAAGAAAAAUACUGAAAGAGAAGUGUCUGCAUUCUUGACACGUAAAUAUCAAGGUGUCUUGUCUACUCUUGAAACAAUGCCAAAAGAAGAUCUAGAUUUGCAUAAUCAUUUAGUUGGUUUGAAAAGGAAUUACCUGAAGUUGUCAUUUUUAACUGUCUCUGAUCUGAAUAAAGUAAAACGUGAUUUGAUGCCAGUUGUUCGGAAGAACAAGGAAAGAGAAAAGUCUUCAGAUAGCUAUACAUCUUUGCUAACCAGUCAGUUGUCUGGUCAAGCGGAAACCUCUAGCACAGCGUCUAAGAAGUUAUCAGAUCAGCUGGACAACAUAAUAGAUAUAAGAGAAUAUGAUGUGCCAUACCAUGUCAGAGUAGCCAUAGAUGGUAAAAUACAUGUGGGACAUUGGUAUAGCGUUAAAGGAAGGGGAACUCUGCCACCAGAAAUUAACCAGAGAGAUGACUUAUUAGACAGGCCUGAUCCUGUUGUCAUGGCAUUUGAUAUUGAGACAACAAAGUUACCAUUGAAAUUUCCCGACAUGGAAACUGAUUCUAUUAUGAUGAUAUCAUAUAUGAUAGAUGCACAGGGUUAUCUAAUUACCAACAGAGAAGUAGUGGCUGAGGAUGUUAAUGAUUUUGAAUAUACUCCUAAACCAGAAUAUGAAGGACCAUUUAUUGUAUUUAAUGAAGUUGAUGAAGUGUCUUUAUUACAGAGGUUCAUAGAACACGUUUUAGAAGUGAAACCACAUAUUUUUGUAACAUACAACGGAGAUAUGUUUGAUUGGCCAUUUGUAGAAGCCCGUUGUAAUUAUCAUGGUAUUGAUAUGUAUAAAGAAAUAGGAUUUCAGAAAGAUACCCAGGGUGAAUAUAAAUCACGACAGUGUAUCCACAUGGAUGCAUAUCGAUGGGUCAAAAGAGACAGUUAUCUGCCAGUUGGAAGUCAGAAUCUGAAAGCUGCAUCAAAAGCCAAAUUACGUUAUGAUCCAAUAGAGCUUGAUCCAGAAGAAAUGUGUCGCAUGGCGAGUGAAGAACCUCAAGUUUUAGCAAACUAUUCAGUGUCUGAUGCUGUGGCUACUUACUAUUUAUACAUGAAAUAUGUACAUCCAUUCAUAUUUGCUCUUUGUACUAUCAUUCCAAUGGAACCAGAUGAGGUUCUCAGGAAGGGAUCCGGCACUUUGUGUGAAGCUUUAUUAAUGGUGCAAGCGUUCCAUGCAAAUAUUAUUUUUCCAAAUAAACAAGAAACCAUAUGGAAUAAGCUGACAAGUGAUGGACAUGUGUUAGAUUCUGAGACUUAUGUGGGUGGACAUGUGGAAGCAUUAGAGUCUGGUGUCUUCAGAGCUGAUCUACCAUGCAGAUUUCGAAUGGUACCUGAAGCAUUUCAACAGCUGAUUGACAAUGUUGACCGAACGAUGAAACAAGCAAUUGAGAUAGAAGAGAAGGUGUCAAUAGACAAAGUAACCAAUUUCCAAGAGGUUUGUGAUGAUAUCAAAGAGAAAUUAUCAGCAUUACGAGACACUCCUGCUAGAUUGGAAAAUCCUAUAAUUUAUCAUUUAGAUGUUGGUGCCAUGUAUCCUAAUAUUAUACUGACAAAUAGGCUGCAGCCAUCUGCAAUGGUAGAUGAAGCCACAUGUGCUGCGUGUGAUUUCAAUAAGCCUGGUGCUCGUUGUCAGCGAAAUAUGACCUGGACAUGGCGUGGAGAGUUUAUGCCAGCCUCACGUAGUGAAUUCAAUCGCAUUCAACAACAAUUAGAAACUGAGAGGAUACCAGGAUUGAACCCUGGAGAUCCACCACGAGUAUUUCAUGAAAUACACAAAGAAGAACAGGCUUUUAUUGAAAAAAAACGACUUGCAGAGUAUUGUCGCAAAGCAUACAAAAAAGUACAUAUCACCAGAAUUGAAGAACGCCAAACAACUGUAUGUCAACGAGAGAAUUCGUUCUAUGUUGACACAGUACGUGCAUUCCGUGAUCGCAGAUACGAAUUUAAAGGUCAACUUAAGGUAUGGAAACGCAAGUUAGCAGCAGCCAUUGAUAAAGGAGAAGCAAAUGAAAUCAAAAGCUGUAAAAGUAAAGAAGUCCUCUAUGAUUCCCUGCAGUUGGCACAUAAAUGUAUUCUUAAUUCAUUCUAUGGAUAUGUAAUGCGAAAGGGUGCUCGUUGGUAUUCAAUGGAAAUGGCAGGAAUUGUGUGUCAUACAGGUGCUGAUAUUAUAACUAAAGCUAGAGAAAUAGUUGAACAGAUUGGGCGUCCAUUGGAAUUGGAUACUGAUGGAAUUUGGUGUGUUUUACCAGCAAGUUUUCCUGAGAAUUAUGUCAUUAAAACAACAGAUGCCAAGAAGUCCAAGGUCACUAUAUCAUACCCUGGAGCUAUGUUGAACAUUAUGGUUAAGGAUAUUUUCACUAAUGAUCAAUAUCAGGAGUUGGUAGAUCCAAGUCAUUUAACGUAUAUAGCUAGAAGUGAGAACUCUAUCUUUUUUGAAGUAGAUGGUCCAUAUCUUGCAAUGAUUUUACCAGCAUCUAAAGAAGAAGGCAAGAAAUUGAAGAAGAGAUAUGCUGUGUUCAACUUUGAUGGUUCUUUGGCUGAAUUGAAAGGUUUUGAAGUAAAACGUAACGGAGAACUUCAACUAAUCAAGAUAUUUCAGUCAUCCGUGUUUGAAGCUUUUCUUAAAGGCACAGUGCUGGAAGAGUGCUAUGGUGCUGUGGCUAAAGUGGCUGAUUACUGGCUGGAUGUGUUGUACAGUAAAGCUGCAAAUAUGCCAGAUACUGAGCUGUUUGAACUAAUAUCAGAAAACAGAAGUAUGUCAAGAAAGUUAGAAGAUUAUGGAUCACAGAAAUCUACUUCUAUUAGUACUGCUAAAAGAUUGGCUGAGUUUUUAGGAGAUCAAAUGGUGAAAGACAAAGGCUUGUCUUGCAAGUUUAUAAUUGCAAAAAAACCUGAAGGGGCACCUGUGACAGAAAGAGCAAUUCCACUGGCAAUCUUUCAAGCUGAACCCGGUGUUAAAAGACACUACUUAAAGAAAUGGUUAAAAAUGCCUGCAGCAACCGACUUUGAUAUCAGAAAUAUAUUAGACUGGGAAUACUACAUAGAACGACUUGGGAGUGCUAUACAAAAAAUUAUCACUAUUCCAGCUGCCCUCCAACAGGUGUCAAACCCUGUACCUAGAGUAGCUCAUCCUGACUGGCUGCAUAAAAAGUUACUGGAAAAAAAUGAUAUCUUUAAGCAGCAGAGAAUUAAUGAAAUGUUUGCUCCAAGACAGAAAAAAAAGGAAGAGAUGGUUACCGAGGAUUGUGGGAUAGGUGAUAUUGAAGAUAGUGGAACUGUACGACAAACCACACAAAAUACAAUUGUUGCAUCUGUGUCAAGGAAAAGACGCCUAUCAACGGAUGACUCGCAGUUAACACAAUCAUGGAGGGAUGUACUUGGUCCAGCUCCACCACUUGGAAAAUCAAGGGAAGAAAAGCAAGUCUGGUUAGCUUACCAUAAAAAGAAGUGGCAGUUACAAGCUAAGCAAAGACAGAAUAGAAAGAGACGAAGGAUUGAUUAUGGUGAUGACACUGGAGGCGGUGCUAUAAGGAGUGGUCCAAAUACAGGCAUUGGUGGAUUCCUUCGUAAAACAGCGAGAUCUAUUUUAGAUAUGCCAUGGCAGAUUGUGCAAAUUGCAACAACCAAUAAUAUUGGUGUUUUCAAAGCAUGGGCUUUGAUUGGUCAUGAUCUGCAUGCUAUAAAGCUGAACGUACCAAGAAGAUUUUACGUCAAUCAAAGAACACCCAAGGAAUCUACUGAAGGGGCAUUAUGGAGAAAAGUUAAUAGGACUUUACCACGUUCAGCCUUAGUGUUGAAUCUAUACGAGUACAGUGUUCCAGAGUUUCUCUACAGACAGCAUGCCAAUGAAUUGAAUGCUGAUUUAUCUUCACCAGAUGUGGAUGGAGUUUAUGAAACUAAUGUACCCCCAGAUUUCCGCUGUUUAGUUCAACUUGGAUGCAUUGCAACUGUGAAUAGACAUCAUGCCCGAAUGUUCACUGGAAAGGAUUCAGACACGUUUGACUUGGAUCAUCUUGAGUUUAAGACUAUGGCGCAGUAUUCUUACUUAAACCCAGGAAGUGUCAAAAGAAUAUACUUCUAUCAAAAUGUCUCUAACAACAAGAUGAUGUUAGGACUGUUCUUCCCAACCAGUAAGAAAGUGAGUGUAUUUGUCGUAGAUACUGUGAGAACCAAUCAAAUGCCAAACUUAUCAGCUAUGUACCAAGCAGAAAGAAAUGCCAUGGUGACUAGAGGUGAUAUUGAUGAGGAUUUCCUUCCUCCGUCUGAUCAUACAUUUGAAAUCCGAGUAGAGAAAGAUGUCAGACAAGUUUACAGAGCAAUAAACCAUUUACUGAUCUCGUACAAGGAUGAAAAAAGAGGAGCUACGUACAUUGCUAUUCAGUCAUCGUAUGAUAAUGCUGAUAUCGUGAGUAAGAUGUCAUCUUUUGAUGAUUUUCCCCUGGUGCGUGUUCAUGUUACUGACCCUGAAUCACUGUAUAGUGUGCUUGACUGGCAGAGACAAGGAUCACGAAGACUUAUACAGCAUUAUAUGAAUGUUGAUUACAUCGUAGCUGAAAUAUAUAAAGCUAUAUAUUGUCUGUGUCUGUGUAGACUUGUUAUGGAGUUUGAAGAAAGCAGUGUUGAAGUUAACAAUCCAGGCUGCUAUCCUUCUGUAUGUGUAGAAUUGGAUAUUGCUAGUUUAGCUGUGAAUACAUUAUUACAGUCUCAUCAUAUCAAUGAAAUGGAAGGUGGUGCUGGAAAUAUUGCUUUUGAUGUCAUUCCUCAAACGUCUUUAGAAGACAUGGUAACUGGUGGCACCAAUGCAGCAGCUCAGUUAGCCAGUUAUGACGAAACUGCACUGUGUUCAGUGGCAUUAAAAAUAUUGAAAAGUAUGGUGCAUGGAUGGUUGAGAGAUGUUACAACGUACAAGAAUGUUUUUGCCGAUUAUCAAAUUAUGCAGUUCUAUAGGUGGUUGCGAUCCCCUAGUGCAUUAUUAUAUGACCCUGCUCUUCGAAGAACUAUGCAUAGCUUGAUGCAGAAGUUAUUCCUACAGUUAGUGGCAGAAUUCAAGCGCCUUGGAUCAACAAUUGUUUAUGCUAAUUUUAAUCGUAUCAUCAUCUGUACGAAGAAGAGACGCAUUGUAGACGCUAUUGCGUAUGUUGAGUACAUCACAAAUAGUAUUAAGAGUAGAGAAUUAUUCCAUAGUGUGGAUAUCUCAUUUCAACAGUGUUGGGAACAUUUAGUAUGGCUUGAUCCAGCUAACUAUGGUGCAAUUAAGGGGAAAUUACCUAAGUCAGUUGGAGAUGAUGAUGUCAAACCUAAUGAUGAGGAGGAAAAUGAUGAACUGGAAUUAAAGUUGAAUGAAGAUGAAGAAGAAGAAGAGGACGAGUAUGAAGUUGAGAUGAAUUGGAAUAUAAUGCAUUACCUUCCACAAGCUGGAGCCUGCCAGACUAAUUUUAACAUGAUUAUUGCAGGUUAUAUUUUAGCCGUUUACCAACAUUCUAAAGAAGAACAACAACACCACACACCAGGUAAUACACCUAUACGUAAACGAGGAAAUACUCAGACUCAAAAAUCUUCAGAUACAACAGCUACACCAAGUACGGUCAACUUUGCUCAAGACCUUGUUGCAGGGGAAUUAUCUCAGCAGCUAUUUGGAAUCACACUGAAGAUUCAGAAGAAAGUAUCAGGUAAUCGUAGUAACCAUGGCAAUGCAGCUGAUGAAUUUCCCCAGUUACCAGGCUCCCAUCUGCCUUUAAAUAAUCCUGCUUUGGAGUUUAUCAAAGCCAUCUGUAAGGUAUUAUCCUUGGAUACCAACAUAACCAUUCAAGUUGCUAAACUAAACAGGGAUUUAUUGAAAUUAAUCAGCGUUGGUGAGUUUAGCGAGGAUUCCAACUGGCGUGAUCCAUGCUUGUCGUAUGUCUUACCUGAGGUUAUAUGUAAAACUUGUAAUCAUUGUAGAGAUUUGGAUCUCUGUCGGGAUCCCUUGCUUCUACAAGAUGAAAACACAGCUGCUGUGUGGCAGUGUGUGCAGUGUAAGAGUGACUAUGAUGUUAAUGAAAUAGAAAGACUACUUAUAGAAGCUGUACAGAGGCUAUCAAUGGCAUAUGUACUACAAGAUGUCACAUGUUCCAAAUGUAAUAUGAUAAAAGCCCUCAAUAUGUCGGCUCAUUGUGAAUGUGCUGGUGAUUUUGAUGUUACCAUGGCGAUAUCAAAGUUUGCUGAGAAGAUGAAAGUUUUCAGAAACAUUGCUAUGGUCUCUCUUUUCAACAACAAAAGUAACAUUUAUAAAGGUAAAUUCGUGCAUGUUAGAAUUGAAACAUUUGAUGAUAAUGGCCGUGAAAGAAAUCGAGGUGGUGACUUCUUUUCAGCAGUCAUGUCGAAUGAAGACUUCCAGAAAAGUACAGCUGGGCGUAUUGUUGACUACGCAAAUGGAACAUAUUCUGUAUUCUUCUAUGCAGCCUGGUCAGGGAAUGCGAACAUAACAGUUGCUUUGACAUUCACCAGAGAGGCAAUCAACUUUCUUAGACAUGUUAUCAAAUCAAAGGAAGAGAUGACCAAGUUUACUGGUAGAUAUCGAGAUGGCACUUCACAGAACAUAAGUCAGUGUACACUUAUAAAUGAAGGCAUAUGGCAGAAUAAGUGUGAAUAUAUUAAUCGAAACUCUUUAGGAAAAACUACAUUGAUCUGCAAUAAACCUACAAAUGUUGGUUGUGAAAAACUGGAAUACAUAAAGGCCAGUGUUGAAUCACUGAAUAAAGUUACAGCUGAAAAGAUUAAAGAUUUUGAAUAUUUGUAUAAAAAACGUUAUCACUUGUCACAGUUACAUGCGACACCACUUAUGAUAAAUAUUAAAGAAAAUUCAUCAACACUUGAACCAAUGGUGCCGUGUGGUCCCGAUCUACCAGUGCCAUUAUCAGAUGGAUACUGGGAAAACCACAAAGUGUUUGUUCCCUUGGUAUGCAGCAGUACACAGUGGUCAGAUGAUGAUGUGCGAAAGUGCUUAUCGAACACGGUGGUAUUAGAGAGUGGUGAUUCCAAUUUACGACAGUUUAAAUGGUUUUUUGCUAAAUUUUAUGAUAUUAAGUUUCAACACUAUUUUGUGUCACCGCGGACUGGCAACGUAGUAGAUCAUUUCUGGUCGUCAGUUCUGGAAAGUGACUUGUUAGAUCACAUCGAAACUGACACGUGUCACUCCAGAAAACAUAUCGUGAUUCUGAACUUCUCAUUCCACUUUGGUUUGUGGUCUAUGCGUUCAUAUGUUGAACGGAUAUUCCAUGCAAAGCUAGCCGUGGAAAGAUUGCUUAAUCGAUGUCCGAAUGUCAAUGUUGUGAUUAAAUUAUCACAUCCACGUGAUAAUAUGUACACUGAACAAAACGUCCAUAGCAGUAAUUGGGUGUUCUAUGAUCAAAACAGAGUCAUUCGAUAUGUAUUUGCUGGAAUUGGUGUCAUCUUUCUUGAUGUAUGGGACAUGGUAGUAUCCUCUGUUGAACGUAAUACAGUUCAUAUGCCUCAACAUGUCAUACGUCAACAGGUGUAUCUAUUGCUCUCGUACAUUUGUCCUGAAAUGGUAAAUUGA